UAAGCUUUGCUGUGGGGAGGUACUCAGCCAACAUGGUACGUUAUUUCUUUGCAUGUUCCGUGAUUCUUGUCAUUGCAACAAGUGUUCUUGGACGAAAUGUAGACAUUCUUCAAGACAAUACUCUUUUGGAGGAAGAACCUAAGAGUUUAAUGGAAAACGAAGACGUACCUACUUCAUUUCUGGGAACGGAUUUAAGAUUCCUAUUUAGGAUCUACAACGAUUGUUCUCAAAGGGACAUGAGUUCGUGUUUGAAGAUGAAACUGGUGACAGCUUUGGAACGUGCAUCCAAAAGUCAAUCAGAUUUCAAGGUAAUUGAAGGAGUGACUUUCACCCGUGAUCCUUCAGCUGUUAGUGAUAAAAGUGUUGACGGAAAACCAAUAAGUGAAGAGGAAUUAGAAGCCAGUCUACCGCGGGGGCUCCAGGAUAAGGAAGAUCUUCUCGAUGGACUCAUUAUGGAGAAAAUCAUGGGUUUCUUCAGAAGCCACACACUUCAAUUUAAAUUACCAUCAGCAGAAGAAUUCCAGAGAAGCCUGACUGAAGAGGGUCGCAGGAAGAAGAAGGGUUCCAGUAUGCUGUUACUCCCUCUCUUGAUGGCCGGUAUGUUCAUUCCCAUCGCCCUCGGAGGCCUCGCUCUCCUCGCCGGUAAGGCUCUCAUUGUCAGCAAGUUGGCCCUGGUACUGGCAGGAAUCAUUGGACUGAAGAAGCUGCUUUCGGGGUCAGGGGGUGGACACCACGAAUCUUCGUACCAAGUGGUGUCCGGUCAUGGCAGCAGCCGAACCAUCCAGGAUCCUCAUCUUCUGGCGUACAGAAGCUACGCUCCCUCCUGAGAACGUAUCACACCUUGAUUCUUCACAUCUCCAUCAAGAAGUGAUACUGUCCAAGCAUAGAUUUAUAAAUGUCACCGGUUUCCUUACAACGCUGCUCUUCGUUUCACUUGUCUGAUAACAUCCAACUUAAAAUUUAGUGUUAUGAGAAGUUUUCUCACAAGUUGCCAAGAAAUUUAAUUGUAUUACCACAAACAUCAAGACUAACACACGGUGGAAUAUCCGUAAGUAACUCAGGACGUCAUAUUUUAACAAUUUCGGUGUUAUGGACGAAACAUGUCUUUACAUUGAAAUAUUGAUCACUUACGCUCUGAACGCUUUUGAUAAUAUAAAUGAAAACAAAAUUACUUGUCUUUUUGGAAAUCAUGAAAAAAAAUAAGUCUACAACAUUUAAUCUAGUUAACACUGCUUUAAAAAUAUACUACAUACUUCUAUUCAGAUUAAAUUAUGUCUAAACACAAUUUAUGUAGCUAAUUAACAAUGAAGGAAUUUUGUUUCAAGUUGUGCAUUUCGCAUCGAACAAGUAAUAAGAAUGCAUUACCAUAUUCAUAGGUAUUAACAUUUUGUAAACAUUUUAGCUAGAAAUUAUAUAUACUUCUAGUUAAGUGAAGCUCCAAUACCGAUAAAAGUUGACAAGAUGAUGGCUGGUUAGAAUCGAAACAGACUGGUACAGACCAGCAGUACGAUAAGAAUAGUCAGAAAACCGAAGUCUUUUAAGAUAAAACAUGUCACAGUGCCACUCCCUCCAUAAUAUGAGGCUUUAGGCAUGACAUUUAUAUAAAUAAAUAAAAUUUAAUUA